UAACAGCAUAUUUUCUGCUAUUUCAGGUAUUUCUCGAGGUGCUGCAGCAGCGCCAGCUCCCGCAGCAGACGAAAAGGUCCCGUUUGUACGCGAUGAACAUCUGCUCCACGCAUUGGAUUUGUUGAUUUUAUAUCUACGUAUGGUGCACUCGAUCGAUUUCUAUGGUCAUAUCGAGUAUCCUAAUGAAGAUGCUAUGCCCAACAGGUGUGGUAUGUUGCACGUUCGAGGUGUUCUUCCGACCCAAUUCGGAACAGCUGAGGAUGGCACAAAACUCGUUUCAACGAAAUUUAAUACGGAGUUCAUCAAUGGUUUCAAUCAGCGUCUCGAGACAAGUUUGAUGCAAGUAUCUUAUGUUACUCCAGAUGAAUUGGAGAAGAUGGGCAAGAAAGAUGGUGAUAAGGAAGUGGAAGCUUUCAUACAAGCAAACACCGUCGAAUUAUCUCAAGAUAAAUGGCUUUGUCCAUUGUCUGGAAAGAAGUUUAAAGGACCAGAUUUUAUUCGCAAACAUCUCACUAGCAAACAUGAGGACAAACUUAAAGAAGUCCGCGAAGAGGCUCUGUUUUACAAUAAUUACUUGGCGGAUCCAGCCAGACCUCAAAACGUUGAGGUAAAAGCCGCACCACCACCGGUGAGAGAUGACGAUCGCAGGGAUGACAGAUAUGCAAAACCUGCGCCCCCGAAUGUACGCAAACCGGAAGGGCAGUAUGAACGAAAACCGCAAGUUGGAGCGGGUAGCUGGUCAUUUUUCAUGUUGCUUGUGUUUUGUUAA